AUAGCCGAUUGUCAUCAUACAGUCUGGCGAAAAUAAUUUUAAAGGAUGCAAUGUUUAAAAUUCAAAAAACUAUUGCAAAUAUAUCAAAAUGAUUGAAAGUGAAUAUUAAAACAUUUCUCUUCGUUGGUUGUUUGAUACGAAAAAGCGUAUUAAAUUUUGGAAUAGAGGGCAGAAGAAAAUCUAUUGCCCCAUCAAGUGACACCCUCCAAAGUACAAUUUGAAAAUGGCUGGAUCAUAUUCUAAUGGAUACCAGUACUCAUCGUCAUACGGCACCGACAAUACUUCAGGUGGCUAUGCUGAAUUUUCAAACCUGUCGGAAACUAUUAAAACCAAUAUUCAGAAAGUAUCUCAAAAUGUCGCUUCGAUGCAAAAAUUGGUAAAUCAGCUGGGAACGCCACAAGACUCAGAAAGUUUGAGGUCACAGUUGCAUAAAGUACAACAGUACACAAAUCAACUUGUGAAGGACACAAACAACUAUCUGAAAGACCUUCCACAUUUACCAAAUCCAACAAGUGUUUCUGAACAAAAAGAAAGAAAAGUGUUACGAGACCGGUUGACUAGUCAAUUUUCCGAUGCAGUGAAAAAUUUCCAAGAUGCUCAAAGGCAUGCUGCACAGAAAGAAAGAGAAAGUGUGAUGAGGGCAAGGGCACAUUCUGGACUCACUGGAAACCCAUUUGGAGAUGAUACAGCUGGUACAAAUUUAAUUGAUCUUGCCAGUCCAACACAAAGUCAAAUGCAAACUUCUCUACAAAUGGAAGAAGAAGUAAACUUGGAACUUCUCAGAGAGAGAGAAGAAGCCGUACGAAAGCUAGAGGCUGACAUUGUGGAUGUAAAUCAUAUAUUUAAAGAUUUAGCAACAUUAGUACAUGAACAAGGAGAAGUUAUUGACAGCAUUGAAGCUAAUGUAGAAUCGGCUCAGAUACAAGUGUCUGAAGGAACUCAACAGCUAGCAAAAGCCAGACGUCAUCAGGCUGCAGCAAGACGAAAAGUGUGUAUCCUGGUGGUCGUUUUUAUUAUUGCUGCCAUUAUCAUUGGUCUUAUUAUAUAUUUAAGCACUUGAGUUCAACAUUCCAAAACACAUGUCAAAUAUCAAUGUAGUUGACUAGAAACUUAUACCAGUAUUUUUUCCACACAACUUAAGUUGUCAAAUUUUAUCUGAAAUAUUUUUCAGUUUUAUCUUACGUUGAAGAAAAAGCACAUGGAAAAUUACGAAACGUUUUAUUUUUAAAAUUUAUUAUUUGUUGUAGUUAUUCAAUGUGUAUAAAAUUGAAUGUACAUUAGCAGAGCUGAAAAUGUAUUAUUAAUCAUGUUACUACGCAAUUGGAAAAAUAAAUGUAAUUUUUUAU